UUGAAGUCACCUGUUCCCCGAUCAGAUAUUGCAGAGCCUGAAAGGGAACAGAAACGUCGCAAAAUUGAUACCCAUCCUUCUCCAUCACAUUCCUCAACAGUAAAGGACAGUCUCAUCGAACUCAAGGAGUCUUCAGCAAAGCUCUACAUUAAUCAUACUCCUCCACCACUGUCCAAGAGUAAGGAGAGAGAAAUGGACAAGAAAGAUUUGGACAAGUCAAGGGAAAGAUCCAGAGAAAGAGAAAAAAAAGAUGAAAAGGACAGGAAAGAGCGGAAAAGGGAUCACUCAAACAAUGACCGAGAAGUGCCACCGGACUUAACCAAGAGGCGGAAAGAGGAAAAUGGAACAAUGGGGGUUUCAAAACACAAAAGUGAAAGUCCAUGUGAGUCUCCUUAUCCAAAUGAGAAAGACAAGGAAAAAAAUAAGUCAAAAUCUUCAGGCAAAGAAAAAGGCGGCGACUCAUUUAAAUCUGAAAAGAUGGAUAAAAUCUCCUCUGGUGGCAAAAAGGAGUCCAGGCAUGAUAAAGAAAAGAUAGAAAAGAAAGAGAAACGGGACAGUUCAGGAGGAAAGGAAGAGAAGAAACAUCAUAAGUCCUCGGACAAGCACAGAUAAUGAAGACUUUCAAUCAAGGUGAGAUUGGAAUGAAUUGUUCAGCUGUGACCAGAAAUUUAUUUUCCUGAGUAGAUUGCCAAGAAUUAUGAAUGAAGAGGGCCCAUUUGCAUCUCCUUAAAUUAUUCAGUUAUCUGCUUUAUUGCUCCAUGCCGAAAACUUAAAAUUGUUGAGUUGUGCAUUACUGUAUUUAACUUGUUGCUUAGUUUCUACAUGUUUAUUUUCAGUAAAUGGCUGAAAGUGUUAACUGUCUCAUAUUUUUAGCACAAUGUGCUGCAUACAGUUUCCAACAAGCAAAUAAGGUUACAUAUGUACAGAAUUUCACUUUAGAGCAACUGAAUAUUGCCUGGGUUUAUUUUUUUUUCCAAUAUGCAAUGCUUCCUUUUUAUUGUUUGAAAUGGAAAAUAAACAAUUAUUGAACCAUUUUGAAUUUACCUCAUUUAAAAACCCAAUUUUAACUUAUUAUUUGGCCUGUUUUAUAUUUAGUCAGUAAAAAAAACAAAGUGGGAGCAGUGUCUUAUGCAAUGCCUAGGAAUCAUUUUAUAUAGUUCGUGUACAACAUUAAAACAUGUUUGAAAAAAAAUGGUACCAGCACUCACUUGUCCCUUGCCAUUUUUUCUUGUAAUUAUGUUAACAAAAACAAGAGGUUGGGGGGAAUAAAAAUGUGUUUUAAUUCUACAGUUAGAGAAGCUUUGUAUUGCUGAACUUUCAUCUGGAAAAGUUUCACAGUGACAUUUUUAAAAGGAAAUUUUUUUAUCUAUCGAAUUCUACCCAUGUAACCUUUUUUUCUAAAUAAACAAUAGUUUUCUCAAAUGAUUGUA